AUGGUCGCUCUCACCGAUGAUGUUUUUGCUUCUCGAUUUGCUGUCCUGCAAGACCUCUUCAGCGACAGUAUAUCUACACAGAAAGCCGCCGAGCAAGUGGCGUCGAUCUCAGUAGCAGACAGCUCAGACGUUGAAGCGGGCAUUACUAGCCUGUGGAGCUUGAUACUGAAAUGUGCAUACGAGUUUCCUGAGCACCGUUACAAGCUCGUCGCAUUUCUCGUCGAACUCUCGAAAUUGCCGGACGAGAAAGACUCAAAUGGAGAUCCCAUUCUGCUUUACGAAAUGCGGGUUUGGAAAGACUUGCCAAUGCUUGGCUGGCAAUUCCGCGACGAGUGGAAUGCAACUGUACCCGCUGGACCCCCGGACAGUCGAAAAACGGCGAUAGCGAAAAUCAUCAACCGGGACAAAUUCGCUGCAAGUUUGAUGUCAACGAAAGAACCUGUAUUCGCAUACUCAUGGUUCGCGUUAAUCACACUGCGCAGCGCACUUGAAACACCAACAGACCAGUUGUCUCCAGAGAAUCUAGAAGCGCUGAUCCCUGCGGCCGCUGCAUGGAUCGAUAUUCUCGGCGCAGAGCUCUAUUCAUGGGAUGAGGAUUUUGAUGGCGACUCCGGCGGGGCUUUGGGGAAAGGAGGCCCACUCUGGAAAGGGAAACAUGGCUUCUGUCAAGAGAGGUGGCAGCUUUGGCGAGAGAGGUUCGGGGAGGUGGCUGGUAUGGAGGCUGAGAUUGGAGAUGCAGUAAGAGCAUCAGCAAGAGAGACAGAGCGGACGAUGUACGGCAUUGAGGGAUGGGACAGCCGGGCGAAGAGCAUGUAA